AUGGCUCGCAAUUCAUUACAUCCUAGCCAUCUGCUGUUCUACAUUGGGGAAGAAGAGGAAGAAGAGGGCGAAUUGAUCAGCCAAAAUGAGAGUCAUAAUACGACAUCAAAUGCGGAUGAUGUGCUAGAAAUACCGAAGCUACGAACAUCCCGAAUAGAACAUGGGAACAAAUUUCUGUCUGUAGAGGCUAGUAAUAACAGAGGAGGAGCAAGUGCUGGCGCAGGCUGGGCUACCAGGAGCCCUUCAAUAUCCUCCACAUCAUCUUCAACAUCCAAUGCAAACACCACCACCACCACCACACAGGACGUGCUACAGUUCCCAAUCGAGUCGUCGCAUGCUUACUCGUACGCCCACCUAUCGCCCAACUCGUUGGCCCUUCGUUUGAACGUGCUAAAGAGAUCCUUGGAGAUUCUCAAAGACAGACCCGACUUGUUCAAGUCGAUAAAAGACGACACUGAUGGCACUCCGUUGCAGCGAUCGCAGUCGCAUACCCACGACACCGCUAAAAUCGAUGGACUACAGGUUCCCACACCAUCUAGCACAUUGAGGCUGAUGUACAAGCAUUCCCUGGCUAAUAACAGCUCAGAAUUCCAGUCUCCAACGACGGGAAAGAAAAAGCUUCAGUCGAAUGCCUCGUCAGCGGCACUUGCCGCUCUCUUCAGACCCCCAUUACAAAGGUCUGGCAGUUUGCCUAUAAAUACAGUUAAGCCUGAGGUAAAGCCACCUCCACAGUACUCUAAUCUAAAACAGGAGAUGAAUUACGAAGAUAAUUCCAAUUCAAAAUCAAAAUCAAACAAUAGCGACGUGAUCCUCUCAGACGACUUGAAGGAUAUUAUACGUAUUCUCCAGAAUGACGGUAACUUUGUUGCAGAUAAUUCAGAGGUAGCACUCAACUUACACCAGCUCUCUCUUGCUUCAGCUGGAGACCAGAACCAGUUAAAGCAGGAUAUAAUUAUCAACAAAUUAUUACACGCAUUGGCUACACCAUUCGUGGAGAAUUCAGUUAUGACUCCUUCUUUGCUUGCUCUGGAAAUAACCGCAUCAUCUGUUACUUCUACUCAGCUAAUUAGUCCCGCAAGUGCAUUGAAUCUUUUCAACCCAUCAAAUUCAAUCAGUUCAUCAUAUCAGCCACCACCAACACCCAUUUCUGCGAAUUCUAGACCGUUCCACUCCAUGACCCUGGGCAAACAUGCCCUCCCACAAGCCGUUUUCACUGUAGAUGUGGAGACCCCCUGGAAUGUUAAAGCAGCAAAUGAUCUUGCAUGUCUUAUGUUUGGGAUACUGAAAAACAUGAUUAAAUCACUUACUCUUAUGGACCUUAUUGCACCCCAAUUUAGGCAGUUUGUUUCUGAGAAGAUAUCGUAUCAGCUGUUAAAUGGUAAUAACAAGAACAAUAUCAUUUUUGCAGGUGAAAUUGUAGCUAUCUUAAGACCAGGAGAUAACGAUUUUGCUUGGACUUCAGUUUGGGCCAAGAGAAGGGGAAAUAUGAUUAUUUGCAUGUUUGACCAAAUUCUUUGUGAUGCUUUCGAUGUGGUAAUUCUGAGAGAUUCACAUAAACUGGACUAUAAAAUUGAUAGUGUGAAGGAAGUUGCAGGGAAAUUAAUAACUAAGUUCAUAAGCUCUAUGGUUAAUAAGGAAGUAUCAUCCAUAAGUGAGUCGAUUAAAUUAGAGUUAGAACUGAACCAGGUCGAAGAAGGAGAUAGUAGAGAAUUUUAUGAUAGCAAUAAAAUUAACGACAUAAGGUAUUUCACGUUGCAAUUAAAAUCAGAAAACCAAGUAAUUCCUGAAAAUAUACCUUGCGCAGUGACAUCAAACCCAAUUGAGCGUGAUGAUAAUAAACAAGAGAUUAAAGUCAAAAUUCACACAUUACCAUAUAUUGCAGGUAUUUUUGUGAUAAAUUCAUCCACUUACAAUAUAUUAUCUUGCAACAAUGCUAUUGCAAGAAACCUUUUCGGUCACUCAUCUGAGGAAUUGAAUGAUAAAACUGUUGACUUUCUUAUACCAUCUUUCUCUGAAAUUUUACGAAUGGGGAUCGAUGAUAAUACUGAUUUCUUUAACAUCAUUCCAGGUUUGGUAUUACCAGAGCAUUUUUUCAGAAAGUAUGAUGCUAUGCGUAGGAGAUCUAAAAAUUUGCUUCUGAAAGACUUGCUGGAAGAAGAAUUGUUUUUCACUUCCAAGGGAAUCGAAGGUAUCCAUCGUGAUGGUAAAUCUCUUUGGAUUGAUGUUCAAUUAAGAGCAUCUUCUGCUGAUACGUUGGUUCUUUGGAUAACGUAUUCUAGGCUGGCUGAUAACGUAGGGAAAAUAGAAAUGAGCGAAGAAUUGGAGAAAUUGAGUGCUCAUAGUUCGACACUCUCCUUAUAUCUGGCGGGAGAAAAGGCCAAAUCUGGAAGUGGCGAUGGAGGAAAUGGUGAGGGAGGUACUGCAAGUAGUACUGUUAGCAUUGGAGAUUUGGAACGUAAAGCGAAAGUUGAUUUCAAGAGCAAGACUGCAUUGAACCAAAAGGGACUUAGCGUGAAUCUUCCCUCUCAAAUGAAUUUAUUGCAAGCUUAUGAGUCUGAUUUGCCUGACAUUGGGUCAAGUUCUGAAGUUAGUAGACAAAGCAGUACUCGUCGUUUAAGGACUGGUCUGUCGCUGCAUUCAGUAAAUCUGGCUUCUUCUAGCAGAAAGCCCAACAUAAAGGAAGAUGAAACGGCUGAAGCUGAAAGAGAUGAUAAGGCGACUACGAGAUCAAAGAAUAUAUACACCAAUCUAGUCAAAUCGGAUUCAGAAAUUAUUGCUCUUGAAAAUGAAAUGUUGGAAGAAAAGAUAAAGAAUUCCACUCAGUGGCCAUCUGUUGUUGGCGCUAAGAGAAGGACAAAGAAAUUUUCAGAGUUUAUAGUUUUGAAAGAUAUGGGAGAAGGAGCCUAUGGGAAAGUUGAACUUGUUGUACACAAAGAAGAUCCAGCAUAUAAAAUAAUCAUUAAGUGCAUAGACAAGGAAAGAAUUUUAGUUGAUACCUGGGUAAGGGAUCGUAAGUUAGGGACUAUACCUUCUGAGAUUAACGUUAUGGCCUUUUUAAAUUCCGAGCCUCAUCCCAACAUCAUGAGAAUAAUCGAUUUCUUUGAAGAUCUGAAAUAUUACUACUUGGAAACUCCAUUAUUUGGAGAUCCUCCGGCUAUUGAUUUAUUCGAUUUUAUUGAAAUUAAGAACAAUAUGACAGAAACAGAGUGCAAAUUCAUUUUCAAGCAGGUUGUACUGGCAAUCUAUCAUCUACAUAAGAAUGGUAUUGUUCAUAGAGACAUUAAGGACGAGAAUGUUAUUGUGGAUGAGCACGGUAUCAUUAAGUUGAUCGAUUUUGGGAGUGCUGGCUGGGUCAAGCUGGGCCCAUUCGAUGUCUUCGUAGGUACCAUUGAUUAUGCAUCUCCUGAAGUGUUGAAGGGAGAGAGGUAUAAUGGUAAACCACAAGAUAUAUGGGCAUUGGGUAUUUUAUUGUACACAAUGAUUUAUAAGGAAAACCCAUUUUAUAACGUUGAUGAAAUCAUGGAAGGUGAUUUGAGGAUACCCUUUGUUUUAAGUGAAGGAUCUGAAAAAUUAAUCAGGAAAAUACUAGUUAGAGAAAUUGACGAAAGGCCAACCAUAACAGAUAUAGUAGAAGACCCAUGGUUAGAAAUAUUAUGA